CUGUACUUCCCCUGGCUUGACUCGCGCUCUCCUCCUCUUCUUCUUCUCUCCUUCUUAUUCUCCUCCCACCUCCUCCUCCUCCUCCUCCUCCUCUCCCGCCCGACCGUGGCUUUGUCCCGUUUUAUUCUUUCAUCCUUCUACCGACCGGGUUCUCCUCACUUGCGAAUUAAUCCUUCCGCUCCCGCCUUAUCCACUUUCCAGGCCUGACAUGGUUCACUCAACGAGCGAAGAACGUGCCGUACAUUUGACUCGAGAGGCUGUUGAAUUGAUAGAUGCUGGUCACCGUGAGGCCGCUUCGCGGAACCUUCGAGAAGCCCUCACCUUAGCGCCCGAACAUCCAGCUGUCAAGGAAGCUUUCCUGAAGAUCCAAGAGGAGGAGGAAAAUGGCCAUCACCUCCUAGAUCUCUGCCGCCGGUAUACUUCAGGGAAGGACGAACCCGCGGGUAAAGAUGCCGCCCUCUAUCUGCGCACCGACGGCCUCAAACCGCCCGAGGAGGUCGCACUGGAUUGUGUCAAAUUUAUCUUGGCGCAACGCCCACAUGCCUUGUCCUCGCUGCAGGACGACAUUAUCUCCGGUCUGGUUCGCCAGAGUACAAGCGUGCGUCAGCACUUCUCCAACCAGCUUCAAAUCUCCGUCACCACCUUCUUUGACGAGAUCUACGAAAGGGGCGACGCAGCUGCUGUUUGCCUCGACACCGUUGUUCUAGACCCCUCCGUUUGGCUAUCGCAGGAUGCUCGUCUGCAUUGUGAACGUGAGCUCUUCCAGCUAUUCAUUGCCAAGCUGAUGGAGUCUGGUCAUGAUGAGGACGGCCGCUCGCUCAAAGGUAUUGCGCGGCUGCUCGCCGUUGACGCGGCCAGGUUGCAGGAUCUGGUGGAUGAUGAGAGUCUGGAUGUGAUUUUGUCGUCCCUGGAUUCUCGCCUACCCCUUGAAUGGAGAAGCCAGGCUACUUUGGCAACAGUCAAGUACCUCGAGGUCUCGAAAGAAGUUGGCCAGAAUCGAUUCUCCAACCUGGUCUCUUCCAAGGUGAUCAAGGGCCGCAGUGAUGGGCUGAUUGAGGCCUUCUCUGCAACUGCUGCCGUCUUUCCUGUGAUUCCGGAGGCUGCCGCAGCUCUUUUUCUUUCGGAGAGUUUUCUGGCUGCAUUGGCUCCUCUGACUUCCAGAGAUGCGAAGAGCCGGAAAGUCGAAACAUCGUUCUUGGAACUUCUAAAUGCAGCCUGCGUCAACAAAGACUGUCGUGAGGCGAUCUUCAAACAUCUGUCUACCUGGCUCUCUCAUCUUCUUACCAAUGGCAGUGACCAAAGCUCUGAGUUGGCAGCGGUUAUCCUGGCCAAGGUUCGGACUGCCGCGCAGGUCGCGCCCUCCGAAACCAUUGGUAAACUCCAGGACGAGGACACCCGGGUUAUCGAGCUGGUUGAUCGGUUCAAAGACUCGAUGUCGAAGCGAAAGGGUGAGAGCAUGGCUAAUGUGAUUGAGGGUCUGGCCUAUGCCUCUGUCAAACCCGCCGUGAAGGAACAGCUUGCCAAGGAUCCAGUCUUUGUGCAGAACCUCAUUAGAGUGUUACACGAAAAUUCUACUGUUCCGUCAGUCCUCUAUGGUGGCUUCAUGAUCAUCAUGAACCUCACUCAGUUUCUUCCCAACCUGACGGAGGAACAAAAGAAAGUCUCACAGCUCAAGUCAUACGCUGAAGCAUCGCCCAAGGCCCGCAACGGCCCCGAUCCCUUGGACGAAGAGCAACACGUCAUUGCUCGUUGCACCGCACUUGUCGAAGCAGGAAUUGUUCCCCUUCUGGUCGACUGUGUCAAGACCAGCCUGCCUUCUGUACAAGUUCUCAUGAGCAAGAUUCUUCUCUCUCUCUCGCGUGAUCGCAAGUCUCGCGGUGCUCUAGCACAGCAGGGAGCCGUCAAGCUAUUGAUUGGUAUGUCGACCGUGAAGCAGGGCUCGUCGCCAACUGAGAUAGUCAGCAAUGCUUCACAUGCGCUGGCGCGAAUCUUGAUCUCUGUCAAUCCUGCGCUUGUUUUCCCGAGCUCUGGCUUCCCCCAGAUCACAUCUGCGAUUCGACCUUUGACUGCACUGCUUUCCGUUCCAGAGACAACCAGCCUUUCCACAGAGCAGCCGCGGGACUUGCUUCCUGUCUUUGAGAGCUUGUUGGCUCUGACAAAUUUGGCCUCACACCCUGAUGAGUCCGCUCCUGAAGCCAUUGUUCGCCAAGCCUGGCCUGUUAUCGAGGAACUCCUUCUUUCCAAUAGUCCCUUGGUACAGCGUGCUGCAUGUGAGCUUGUCUGUAACUUGAUGACUUGCGAAUCAGGCGUAGUCAAGUUUGCCGAUGGUUCGAAACGUGCUGCCCAGCGUCUGCAUAUCCUCUUGGCCCUUACCGAUACUGACGACCUCGCCACACAAAGUGCUGCGGGUGGAGCUCUCGCCAUGCUCACUGAGUUUGAUGCAGCGAUGGCAGGAGUUCUCGAACGGCCUCGUGGUGUUCAGUUGCUGCUUGGUCUGUGCCAGGAAGAAAACGACGGGCUUGUACAUCGCGGUGUUGCCUGUAUCAGGAAUAUGACCUGUCUUGCCACCGGUGAUGUUGCUCGUCGGGCCAAAGAUGCCAUCAAGCAGAAUGGGGGCAUCGACAUCUUGACAAAUCUGCUGAAGAAGACCAAGAAUCCCGCUAUCCUCCAAGUAGGUGUCGAGGCCCUCAAGCCUUUGGUGUCAUAGGCAUCUUGUCUUCGAAGAUAACGAGCUUUCACGUUUCCAUAGUUAUUCUCGGUGUUUCAUACCUAUUUUGCUCGAUAAAGCGUUGUGAGUUUGCGGUAUUACAGCUCGCGUCAAGGGUUCGGUGUUCGGUCCGGUUGUUUGUGGUUUUUAACGGCGUUCAUCAGCCUGUCUGACAUUUGGUGUUAUGAUGUGUUGCUCAAGUUUAACGAAUGUUGCUGGUCUUAUGAGCGUGGGGAACGGUGGCUGGAUUUUCUCAAUGCGUCAGGGGAUUCCGGAGUGCAUUUGUCCCUUUUUGAGUCCGCCAUAGACCAGAAUGAUGUGCUCUUUUGUGUCGAAUCAAGACGACCUUGAUAGCUACUUAUUGAAUGAUUCUCUCGUUGAGAAAUGCUUCCAUCC